GCGGUGGGAGGGGCGCGCUGCCCCAAAGCGGACCGGACUCCCGGAGGAAAGAUCCAGGAGCUCAAGUUAGCUGGCUAGCUAGCUGCUAGCUAAUCCGAAGCAUUACGAACGAUAUGUUCACUCUCCGCGCCUCGCUAACGGAGCAGGGUGGUUGCACAGUUGACGGGUUGUGCCAUGACAUUCGCUGUUGAUGUUCGCCGAGCCUUGAGUUAUGCUCUCACGAAAGAAAAGUAAAAAAGAAGCGUCGAAACCAGCCGAGGUACACGGGAAAUAUGUGAAGAAGGAAACGUCGCCGCUCCUGAGAAAUCUUAUGCCAUCAUUCAUCCGCCAUGGACCCACUAUACCCAGACGUACAGAGGUCCCUCUGCCAGAUAUGGGGCCCUCCUCCUACCCGGUGCCCCCCGCCCGGGAACCCGUUGUGUCCCGCAACAAGAGUUUUCUCCGUGCCCCCGUGCAGAGGCCUCCACAAGAGGUGGCCCGCAGAGAGAGCCACCGAAUGUCUGCCCCUCCAUACCUGCCUCGCAGUCUGGGAGACCUGCCUCACGAAUACGGAGGCUCCUCACAGUCUUUUCUUACAGACGUGAGCCCCAUGUCUGAGAAUGGAGACGCUGCCCGGUAUUACUACCCCUCUGAACCUUACUAUGACAACCAGCAGCACCAACAACAACAACAACAACAGCAGCAGCAGCACCGGCAGCAGCCCAUGAGGGUCCCAGACCGCUUUCCUGAGAACUAUAGAUACUAUGAGCACAAUGAACAUAACUUCCAAAGACUUCCGCGACAACACACUCCCCCAGCGCCAAGCAGACCUCCUUCAGGCAUAGGUCGAAUACAGGCCAAGUCUCUGGGGAACCUCUCCAAUCUAACUGGGGAGGACAUGCCCCUUCCGGGCGGCUGGACCGUUGACUGGACCAUCCGUGGCAGGAAGUACUACAUUGACCACAACACAAACACUACGCACUGGAGCCACCCUCUGGAGAGGGAAGGGCUCCCCCCAGGAUGGGAAAAGGUGGAGUCGGCUGAGUUCGGGGUCUACUAUGUGGAUCACAUCAAUAAGAGGGCUCAGUAUCGACACCCCUGUGCUCCGAGUGUGCCUCGCUAUGAUCAGCCUCCACCGUUGCCGCCCCCUGUGACCUAUCAGCCGCGCCCUGUGGAUAGGAACCAGCCGGUGCUGGUCCCAGCAAACCCAUACCACACAGCCGAGAUCCCCGACUGGCUCCAGGUGUACGCCCGCGCCCCGCUCAAGUAUGACCACAUCUUGAAGUGGGAGCUGUUCCAGCUGGCAGACCUGGACACGUACCAGGGCAUGCUGAAGCUGCUUUUCAUGAAGGAGCUGGAACACAUCGUCAAAUCCUACGAGGCGUACCGGCAGGCGCUGCUGUCAGAGGUGGAGGCUCGCAAGCAGCGGCAGCAGUGGUACGCCCAGCAGCCCAGCAAGAACUUCAUUGGGAACAUGUGAGUGUGUGUGUGUGCGCGUGCAGCAGGGGAUGUCGCGCUGCCACUCCUCUCUGAGGUUGCCACAGUUUGGGAGUGGUCAGGGUUUUCCUUUGAAAUCACAAUGGACUCUUAAAUGCUUCUUCACCAAACACAUCUGUGCCUUCGCUUGAUCCAAAUAUAUCAGCCAGGAAGUCAGGACACACAUUCGAGGGGCCCAUUCCCCUCCCACCAAAGUGACCAUGUGACUGAAAAAGCUCCAAUGAAGAAGAAUAACAUAUAAUGUACAACAGCUGGAGGAAAUUGUGGUGCCAUUUGCAGCCCAGAGAACUGAACCGCUGAAUGGAUUUCUGCUUUUAAGACUCAGGACAGAGCAAAACUUUUGUUCAAAAACAUACUGAGAUUGUGCCUUUUUCUUUUUUUUAAUAAAA